AUGAAGGUGGAGGGUUUGCAGAAGGACCGGGACUCUGGUUCCGAGUCUCCGGAACCGGACCAAACCUCCGGGGAGACGGCCCGUGGUCCCGGGUCGGCCUGCGGUCCCGGGUCGGCCUGCGGUCCCGGGUCGGCGGAGUGCUGCGUGUCGCGGCUGCUGAGCGCCGUGGAGAGCGAGCUGCAGCCCGGCCGGGAGAAGGGCGACCCAACGGAGAGAGAGCUGACGGUGACGCUGGAGGACGACGAGCUGUGGAGGAAGUUCCAGCACAUCACCAACGAGAUGAUCGUCACCAAGAACGGACGGCGGAUGUUCCCGGUCCUGAAGGUCAGCGUCUCCGGCCUCGAUCCCAGCUCCAUGUAUUCCUUCCUGCUGGACUUCGUUCCCGCCGACGGCUGCCGCUGGAAGUUCGUGAACGGCGAGUGGGUGGCGGCGGGCCGGGCGGAGGGCCGCGGCGAGGGCCGCGACCACGGGGGCCACGCCGGCAUCUACAUCCACCCGGACUCGCCCAACUUCGGGGCCCACUGGAUGAAGGCCCCCGUGACCUUCAACAAGGUCAAACUGACCAACAAGGUCAACGGGGGAGGACAGAUCAUGCUGAACUCCCUCCACAAGUACGAGCCGCAGCUGCACAUCGUGUGCGUAGGCUCGCGCCACCGGCUGGUGUCCAACGUGGCCUUCAAGGAGACGCAGUUCAUCGCCGUCACGGCCUACCAGAACGAAGAGAUCACGGCUCUGAAGAUCAAGUACAACCCGUUCGCUAAAGCCUUUCUGGACGCCAAAGAGAGGAACCCGAUGGGGCGGAGUUUACCAGAGUCAUCUGAGAGUCGCAUCGGGAUCCAGCCCUGCUGGUCCUUGUGCCAGGCAGCAGGGGGCGGAGCCUCCUUCCCCUGCGGCAGCAGCCUCCCGCUGGCGUCGCACCAUCACCACCAUCACCAUGGUUACAAACACCCCGGUUACCCGGGGCGACACACGCCGUACCCUGCAGCCUACCUGCCGCACCGCACACACCCCUCAGUGUGUCUGUCUGAAGGGGUUCAGGUUCUGACGGACGGCUGGCCCAGCUCCAACCCUCGACCCUCCUCCAGCCUCCCCCCGACCGGCGGGGCCCCACCCCCUUCUCAGGCCCCGCCCCCUCAGGCUCCGCCCCCUCCUCACGGCUCCAGCCAGUAUUCCUGCCUCUGGACGGUCGGAUGUGGAGAGCUAAGCCCCUCCCACUCACCCCACGGACCAAUCAGCAGCGAGAGCCUCAUGCAGCCGUUGGCUCACGGCCGAGUGGGCGGGGCCGGCUGGCCGCCUGGCCACGCCCACUCUUUCUGAAGAGCAUCACAUGGCUACGUGUGUAAGUGUUCAUUAGUAACCAUGGUAACUAACUAAAUGUGUGUU